GGACCGGCAUCAGUCGCAGCCUCUAGCUCAUCCAGCACAGUCGCUUGAAAACGCAGAAACCUCAACUCAAGAUGAAAUUCCUUAUUGCCUUCGCCCUGUUCGCCUGCGUGGCCGCCGAUGUUAGCCACCUGAGCAACGAGUACCUGCCCCCCGUCCAGAGCUCGUACGCCGCUCCCUCGGUGAGCUACUCCGCACCAGCCGUGCAGCAGACCUACGCCGCUCCAGCCAUCCAGCAGUCGUAUGUCGCCCCCAGCAACGAGUACCUGCCUCCUGUGCAGACCUACUCCGCACCGGCCGUCCAGAGGACCUACUCCGCACCAGCUGUCCAGAGGACCUACUCCGCCCCCUCUGUUAGCUACUCGGCACCCUCUGUGAGCUACUCGGCUCCAUCGGUCAGCUACUCCGCUCCUGCUGUCCAGCAGUCGUACUCCGCUCCAUCGGUCAGCUACUCCGCCCCUGCUGUCCAGCAGUCGUACUCCGCUCCAUCGGUCAGCUACUCCGCCCCUGCUGUCCAGCAGUCGUACUCCGCUCCUGCCGUCAGCUACUCCGCCCCAUCGGUGAGCUACUCUGCACCCUCCGUGGAUGUGGGCACCCAGUACGCCUCCAACGGUGGCUACGUCUACAGGAAGUAGGGAUCUUCAACGAAGAGGCCUGCAACUGAACACGAAACAGUGUCCAUAACUACAUACUGCCCAAAUUAACCAUAUAUUUUUUUUUUUUGUUUUGUAAACUUUUGUUUACAACGAAAUAAACCGAAACAUCAAUAAUCCAAAU